AUCAGGAAGUGUAUCUGAGGUAUGCGUUUUCUUUUUAAGCUUAGUUACGUUUGAUAUACCGGUACACUUGUAUGACUCUAAAUUACGAUUACGAUUAUUUAUACGUUUCCUUAGUCCAAUUAUGUUACUGUUUGCAUUUAUAAUUCAAAAUCAGGAAGUGUAUCUGAAGGUAUGCGUUUUCUUUUCAAGCUUAUUUACAUUUAAUACACCGGUACACUCCAACCAGAACAUGCUUUAAUUUGAUUGUUUAAUGUGCCCGUUCCUCUCUCCAUAUCAAGAUUGAAAUGUCGCUUGUAAAUUAGAUUAUUUCGUGGUUUUCGUUAAGAGUUUGUGCUUUAUAUUUCACAUAAAAGUUUGUUCCUGACAUAUGAAUCGAUCACGUUUUUACGAUCUGAUAACAAAACGUACAAGAGAAACUGUUCGUCUUGAUGGUUACCGAACCUUUUGUGAUUAUAUUUCAAUGGAUUAAUAGCAAAUUGUGUCUAGCGAUGGACCCCUGGAACAGCGCCCAGGAUGUUGUACGCUGCACCCUGUGUCAAACUCCUAAAGACCCCAUGCACUGUGAAGUUUGUCAUAUACAUCUAUGUAAAGAUUGUGUAGAAAAGCAUUUAUCUGAUUUCUCUAAAGUUCACAAAGUGGUCACAUUCAAACAAUACUUGACGACUCUGAAAUAUCCUAUGUGCAGGAAACAUCCCGCCAAACAAUGUGAAUUCCACUGUGAACAAUGUGACAUUCCUUUUUGUGCAAAAUGUGUUUCUUCCGGAAAACAUUUAAGACACAAGACAGUUGACAUUUCUAUUAACAUUGAAAACAAAAAGAAACUCUUGCAGAAUGAUUUGCAGGAAUUGGAGAAAAACAUCUAUCCACGCUAUCUAGAUCUUGCAUCUGACAUUCCAGUACAGAAAGCUGACCUAAGUAGAAACUCGCAGUUAUUGACAACAGCCAUCAACAAACAGGGAGAAGUUUGGCACAGAGAAAUAGACACCAUUGUAAAGAACCUUACAUCUGACGUCUAUAAAAUGGAAUGCGAACAUAUGACUGUGCUUGGUCAUCAUGAAGUCAAUAUCACCCAAAAUAUUUCUAAAAUCACCGAAGCUAUAGAAGAUCUGAAAGAAAUAUUGGAAUCUGACGAUAUUUUGCUUAUCUCAGAGUAUAAACCAAAAAAUGCUGAAUUUAGAAGAUUGCCGUCAAAAGUCAAAGUGUCCUUACCAAAUUUUGUGCCAAAAAACAUAAUAAGAAAUUGGCUUAUUCAACAGUUUGGUUCUCUUUCAACAUUAUCUUUUACAACCGAGGAACAGGAAUACAAAAUACCGACCCAGAGAGCAGAGUUCUCUCCUCCAGACCGGUCGCUGAUCGAUGUACCUCGGGUGAUCACAGCUAUAGAUACCGGGUAUAAAUGCCUAAACAGCGUAGAUUGUUUGAACGAUGAUAAGAUCUGGACGUGUGGAGAUGGAAAAAUUCUGAAACUUUAUAACCUUCAGAAAGAAAUAGUGAAGUCAGUUGAAACCAAAUUUGAGAAUCAGACACGGGACAUAGCAGUUACUAGGAACGAAAAUCUAGUUUUUACCGAAUACAAUGACAGAACUGUUAACGUGCUGUAUGAGAAUGAACAGAUGCAGGCAGUGAUCAAAAUAACGGGUUGGAUUCCUAGAAGUUUAUGUUGUACCUCAUCGAACGACCUUCUUGUUGUCAUGGAGAGUGAUGAUUAUAAACAGAUAAAAGUCGUGCGCUACUCUGGCGCCACAGAAAAACAACGCUAUCAGUUUGAUGACAAAAAAAGGCCUCUCUAUUCAUCUGGGUCCGUAAAAUACAUCUGUGAGAACAGGAAUCGCGAUAUUUGCGUAAGUGACUGUAGAGUCCACGCGGUAGUGGUAGUCAAUCAGACCGGGAAACUCCGCUUUACCUACACUGGUCCUCCCUCUACUACCAAGGAAUCUUUCGGUCCUGUUGGUAUUGCUACCGACAGCCUGAGUCGGAUCCUUACAGCAGACUGGAACAAUCACCGUAUCCACAUUGUAAAUGAAGAUGGACAGUUCCUGCGAUACAUAAACAACUGUGAUUUACUCUCUCCCUGGGGUUUAUGUGUGGACUCCAGUGACAACCUCUUUGUGGCAGAGUGGGGCACGGCAAUAGUAAAAAAAAUCAAAUAUUGCAUUUAACGAGGCUUGGUGGUCAAAAAUGAGCCAUCACUAUUUCCUUAGAGUAUUAGAUCUGAUUAUUGUAGCUAUAAACUAUUCUUAAGUAUGCAAAACAUUUCCAAUUAUACAAAUAUGUUCUUCUCGAGGAGAUCAAAAUAGUUCAAUAAAGGUCAUGAUCUCCCAGUUUUCUUUAACUUUCAAACUACGUUCGUAUGCAUGCAAUUUAAUGAUCAUUUUUCAUACA